UACCCUUCUACCAGUUCCACGUUUUAGUUUUAAACUUUUUUAUUCUCUGUAUUUUAAAUUUAUUUUUUUCUCUCUGAUCUCUCCCGAGUAAUCACAAUGUCCACGACGGAACAGAGAGAGACUCAUGUUUACAUGGCCAAGCUCGCCGAGCAGGCCGAGAGAUAUGAAGAAAUGGUAGAGAGUAUGAAAAAAGUUGCAAAACUAGGUGUUGAGCUGACUGUGGAGGAGAGGAAUCUCCUUUCUGUGGGGUACAAAAAUGUUAUUGGAGCGCGAAGAGCUUCGUGGCGCAUUAUGUCAUCAAUCGAGCAGAAAGAAGAGUCCAAGGGAAAUGAGCACAAUGUGAAAAUGAUUAAGGACUACCGCCACAAGGUAGAGGAGGAGCUUUGCAAUAUUUGUGGUGAUAUUUUGAGUAUCAUAGACACCCACCUCAUCCCUUCUUCCACCUCUGGAGAAGCCACAGUUUUCUACUGCAAGAUGAAAGGUGACUACUACCGCUACCUUGCUGAGUUCAAGACAGACCAGGAAAGAAAAGAGUCAGCUGAGCAAUCUUUGAAGGGCUAUGAGGCUGCUUCUGCAAUUGCAAGCAAAGAUCUUCCUUCAACUCACCCAAUCCGUCUUGGCCUUGCUCUUAACUUCUCUGUAUUCUACUAUGAGAUAAUGAACUCGCCCGAGAGGGCCUGCCAUUUGGCAAAACAAGCCUUUGAUGAGGCCAUUGCAGAGUUGGACACCUUAAGUGAAGAAUCAUACAAGGACAGCACCCUGAUUAUGCAGCUUUUGAGAGAUAACCUUACCCUCUGGACAUCUGAUUUACCUGAAGAUGGAGGUGAAGAUAACCAGAAAGCCGAAGAAUCCAAACCCGCUGCUCCCACAGAAGUUGAGAAUUGAUGGGUAAGCUGGGAGCUACACUCGGCAAUUAGAAUUUUAACAACUUUGUGGAAGCAUCUUGGUUUCAGCUUUUUUCUCAGAAGUGGAUUGCAUAGAAAAAUUUAGACACUUAUGAUGCCUACUUAUCCUUUUGAGUCUUACCUAAGUCAGAUUAUAAGUUUUGAUCACUUGUUCUGCCUUUUCCUCUUGUCUUCUGAUUUAUUUUUCUUGUUUCCCUUUAAGAUUCUCGUCAAAAAUAUUGGAUUACAAUUCUUAUUCUUUUUAUAUAUCACUUCUCAUAGUAUUACAA